GAUGGAGCGCGUGUUGCGGAUCCUAUAAAUAGAGUAAAGCGCACCGGGCGCUCGACAUUACAGAGGAAACAGCAGCGCAGCUCCGACACAGAGCAGGAAAGUGGAAGAGUGGACUGAAAACAACUGAUUUAGUCACUGCAACCAACCAAAGGUACAAAUCGACGACUUGGUACAGUACAGUUCAACUGUUUUGGAAGUCUUGCUCUGUUUUUUUUUUUCUCCGAUUACUUUUGACCUUCAAUAAAAAAAAAAAUAAGAGCGGGACUUGACUUUGUGCCGGAGAUUGACUCAGUUAUUUCGGGACACUGAAGCCUCUGUGUCCGGGCAUCAUCUCUCUCUUCGCCGCUCUCUAUUGUGUUUGACUGUCUGAUUUGAAAUAAUGUCCACACUUAUGGAACAGCCUUUUUAUGACGACUCGUUUCUCUCUGCUUAUGGCCACCCAGGCUCAGCGCUGCCAGACUACAAGCUGCUAAAGCAGAACAUGAACCUGAACUUCUCCGAUUCAUAUCGGAACGCGAACUUCAAGUCACAGCAGCACCUGCGCGCCGACGGUGAUUUCUAUUCCGCGGGAGCAGCGGCGGCGGCGGCGGCAGCGGCAGCGGGCUCACUGAAGCUCGACUCUCCUGAACUGGAGCGACUGAUCAUCCAAAACAGUAACGGGGUCAUCACAACCACACCGACGCCUGGCCAGUUCCUGUACAACCGCGGCAUCACAGAGGAGCAGGAGGGUUUCGCUGAGGGUUUUGUGAAAGCGCUGGACGAAAUGCACAAGAUCAACCAGAUGGCUCCUCCAAAUGUGUCCAUCGGCACCGGCGGCGUCGCCUGCUCGGCUCCAGCAUCUGUGUUCGGCUCCUCCAUGCAGCCAGAGCCGCUGGAGUACACCACACUGGGCAGCUGCCCCUCUAACCCCAGCCUGUCCUCAGCGGGCAGCUUUCCGUCCACCACUAUCAGCUACCUGCCGCACCAGUACCACCACCACCACCAUCAUCCCCAGGUCGUUGGGCACGGAUCCCAUCAUUUCCAGCACGCUCUGGCCGCCGCGAACAUCCACUCGCAGCGUUUCGGUGGCCCGAAAGAGGAGCCGCAGACUGUCCCCGACAUGCAGAGCAGCGACAACAGCUCCCCGCCAAUGUCCCCCAUAGACAUGGAGAGCCAGGAGCGCAUCAAAGCGGAGCGCAAGCGCCUGAGAAACCGGCUCGCAGCCUCCAAGUGUCGGAGGCGCAAGCUGGAGCGCAUCUCGCGUCUGGAGGACAAGGUGAAGGUGCUGAAAACGGACAACUUGGGGCUGUCAAACAAGGCGACGCUGCUGCGGGAGCAGGUGGCGCAACUCAAACAGAAAGUCAUGACGCAUGUGAGCAGUGGCUGCCAGCUCAUGUUAGCGCCCAAAGUCAAGUCUUACUGAAGAAACAAUGCACUUUAACAACAGAAACACUGGACACGGACUGCACUGACAACAAUGGACAAUGUCUGCAGCCCGUACGUACAAAGUAUGAGAGAACUGGACCAUGGUGGUUUCUGUGGCUGAGAGAAAACACGCACAGAAAUCACACGAGACUAAAACACUUUAAUGAGUAUUUUUUUUUGAAUAUACUGCCUGUUUACAUUUUCUUUGACUGCAUUUGUGAUUCUUAUGUAAGUUAUUUGAGUUUGUCAGGUUGAGCCUGACAAGCUGCUCCUCUUAUUGUAUUGUUUUUUUUACUUGUACAGUAUAUUUAAGUAAAUGAAAGUAUGAAUUUAAAAACUA